AUGAUGAMAUUUYYAUUGAUUUUAAWUGUUUUGCUAUCAAUUGGUACURCAUUUGGAUCCAACAAAUGCACUGUUCUUAAUGCUAACUCYAUUGACGUACCGGUUAGGGGUAUUACAUGUGUGGCCAAUGAACAGGUCAACGAUGUGUACSAUCGGGUUGGCCGCAGUCCAAGAGGUGUCGUACAGGUAUUCACAUCGACAAAGUCAGGCAAACGUCUGGAGAAAACCGAAAAGCGAUUCAAUGAGAGCGCUGUCCUAUCGGGAACUCAAUGGACAAUUAAAAUAGAUGGCAACAAAACAUAUCAAGAAAUUAUUGGUUUCGGUACGGCUCUGUCCGAUGCGGCCGUACUUGAUAUCGGAAAGAUGUCACCCAAACUUCAGAGACAAAUAUUGUCCGAUUUUUUUUCGGAAAAGGGAAUCGAGUUGUCAAUGGCUCGAACAACAAUAGCUGGAAGUGAUUUCUCCAUCAGAAAGUAUACAUACGAUGACACCGAUAACAAUACCAAUGACUGGGAUCUCAAACAUUUUCAUUUAGCCGAUGAGGACAUUAAAUAUAGGAUCCCGCAAAUGAAGAUUAUCAAUCAAGUGGCCAGACAUAAACCGAAAUAUUUUGGAUCGCCGUGGAGUGGCCCGGCAUGGCUUAAAACUAACCAUCAGAUCAUAGGAAAUGGUACACUCAUAGGGAAAGCCGGAUCUAAGGAGUGGRAGACAUAUUCUAAUUAUUUGAUUAGAUGGCUUAAGUCAUAUCGUUCUCAAGGCAUUGAAUUCUGGGGUAUGACUGUCCAAAAUGAACCGACAACUGGUCUACAGAAAAACUUUCCGUGGAAUACAAUGGGAUUCACACCUGAAAUGGAAAGGGAUUUCGUGAAGACUGAUUUGGGUCCAGCACUUGAACGUAAUGGUUGGGGACCUAAUAAAUUCAAUUUAAUGAUAUUAGACCACAAUAGAGAUAUGAUACCUGAAUGGACUGACGUGAUUCUAGGGGAUGCCGGUGCUGCCAAAUACGCUAAUGGUGUGGCUACGCACUGGUAUGGCAACGGUGUUGCCGGUCCCGAAAAAUACGAUCAGUUACAUAAAAAAUUUCCAAAUCAUUUUAUUUUAGCGACUGAGGCGUGCAAUGGAUGGCAAGACAAAGAGUCACGAAUUUCAUUGGGGAACUGGAGUUUUGGGGAGAGUUAUGCCAGAGAUAUACUCAGAGAUCUSUCGCAUUGGGUUUCGGGUUGGAAUGACUGGAACGCCGUACUGGAUAUGGAUGGCAAACCCAAUUGGGUCGGUCCCGACCAUUACGAGUCGGCGYCUAUUAUUGUCAACCCAUYCAAARRCGAAUAUUACAAGAAUCCUAUGUUUUAUGCAUUUGCCCACUUCUCUAAGUUUUUGCCGCCGGGAAGCAAACGUAUUGGUCAGACACCCGAAGUGGUCGAUGAAAAAGGUAUACUUUCGGCUGCAUUUGUCCGACCAGACGGCGGAUACGUGUACAUUGUGAUCAAUUAUUGGGACAUUCAAAACGGGUUUGUAAUAACUGAUCCCAAGUUGGGUCAACUCAAUAUGCCUAUUGAACCGCAUUCAUUCAAUACAUGGGUUUAUUACGCUUAACUGUAUUGGAUAUAAGAUAUUUCAAUUUAAUUGUGAAUUAAAAAAUAAUA